GGUGUUUGUACUGUGUUUGUGAGGAUAGAGCGGAAGAAUAAACUCUCCAUAAAGCACACCAUGAAAGGCCAUGCCAAUCAAAAAUUAGCCUUUCUAUAGACGCAUCUGUUUCCCCAAGACCGAAAUACUCUGCGGUGAAGAUGAAGCUCCCCGAGGCACUCCGCUUUGUGCUCGCACUGCUGUUGCUCCGGCCGGCGACAACGGUGGGUUUACAAAGAAGCCAAGAAGCGAACAGGGUGGUUCCUUCCACUGCCACGCUCGCCGAUUGUCCAAGGAGUUGUGGCAACCUGAGCAUCGACUACCCUUUCGGCAUCGGAUCCGGCUGCUCCCGGCAGCCGGACUUCGACCUUCGCUGCGUCGAGAACAGCUCCGCGCAGGCUGCUGCUCCCAGGCUUUUCUUGCAAGACGGAGUCACGGAGAUCAUCUCCGAUGUCUCUGGUACAGAUCAGAACACGGAUUUUCUUGCAGCAUUUUCCCAUGUCAUCUCCUUGAGAUCUGACGCCGACGUGUACAACAUAUCCUGGUUUCCUGGGAAAUCUUUUCUUUUUCUUCCGGUCAUCAUACUCAACAUAACAGGCUGCAACUUCGACGCCUACAUGCUCGAACGUUCCUCCAACACGAUGGUGGGGAGUUGUACAGUGACAUGCCCUACAGAAGGCAUCACGGAUGCGGUGGCUAGACAGACCUGCAACGGUACAGGAUGCUGCUCCGUCGUCAUCGAGAACAUGGUCACCAGCCUCCAAUUCAGAUUUGUCCGUCGGAGGAUAGGGAAGCUGAAACUGGAGGGAAAGAGUACCCGUGGCCUCCUGUGGGAUACAAUUAAUAUAACCAGUGAUCACGCUGCUCUGUCCUGGGUAAUACGAGACGAUCAACAAUCAUCGGCCGGCAGCUUGCAAAAUAGGUCAGACUAUGCAUGUCGCAGCAACCACAGCGGAUAUACACAGUCCAACGAGUUAUCAUUUCUCGGCUAUCUCUGUUUCUGCGAUAGUGGUUACCAAGGCAAUCCCUAUAUACUGGAUGGCUGCUCCCGUGAUAGAGGUUUCGAUCCGUAUCAACGGAGGAAUAAUUGCUCCAGGAUGUGUGGGAAUAUUAGUGUUCCUUUUCCCUUUGGCAUAGAAUACGGUUGUUUUGGAAGGAAGUUAUUUCAGCUCAACUGUACAAACCCUACAACGUCUACGCUGCAAUUCAACAGCGGUCCGACAAUAAUCGUGCCCACUGUGAAGUACAUAAAUAUUAAUGAGGGGCUAUUGGAUGUUUACUACGAAACACCAUUUGACGACAGGAUGAUGAGUAUAUCUGAAGGACCUCAACUGUACAGCUCUAGUUCUUCCGGGCAAUCCGCUUCUCUGCACUGGGCAGUUGCAAAUUUAACAUGCCAAGAAGCACAACAGAACGUAUCAGGAUAUGCAUGCGUUAGCACAAAUAGUACAUGCUUGGGCGUUGUUUACUCUGAAAGAGGAGGCCCACUUGGUUACCGUUGCACAUGUGUAACAGGCUUCGACGGGAAUCCAUAUACCACGAAUGGGUGUCAAGACGUUGACGAGUGCCAGACACUGAUGUGUAAAUCGACGAAAGGGCAAAGUCUUCCACUAGGUAUCGCUAUUGGGAUCAGCGUUGCCUCUGGCAUUCUACUCUUCAUCUUAAGUGCAAAUUUUAUUGUCCGGAGAUGGAAAAGAGGCAUCCAAAAGAAACUUAGAAGGAAGUAUUUUAGAACGAACCAAGGACUUCUCCUGGAACAGCUUAUUUCAGGAGAUGAAAAUGCAAAUGACACAACCAAGAUUUUCUCACUGGCAGAGUUAGAGAAGGCAACAAAUAACUUUGACCCUACACGUAUAGUUGGCCGCGGAGGGCAUGGCAUGGUAUACAAAGGCAUCUUAUCUGAUCAACGUGUAGUGGCCAUUAAAAAGUCUAAAGUCAUAGCACAAAUUGAGAUUACUCAGUUCAUCAACGAGGUUGCUAUUCUCUCACAGAUAAACCACCGAAAUAUUGUGAAGCUCUUUGGAUGUUGCCUUGAGACUGAGGUCCCACUAUUGGUGUAUGACUUCAUACCUAAUGGUUCAUUAUUUGGUGUUCUUCAUAAUCCAAACAGCAACUCUUCCUUGUCGUGGGAUGAUUGCUUAAGAAUUGCUAUAGAAGCAGCUGGAGCACUUUCUUACCUUCAUUCAGCUGCUUCUGUAUCAAUCUUUCAUCGUGAUGUGAAGUCGACAAACAUACUCCUGGAUGGGAAUUAUACAGCAAAGGUAUCAGACUUUGGUGCUUCGAGGUUGGUUCCUAUUGACCAGACCCAUGUUAUGACGAAUAUACAAGGUACAUUUGGGUACUUGGAUCCAGAAUAUUAUCACACUGGCAUUUUAAAUGAGAAGAGUGAUGUGUACAGUUUUGGUGCGGUACUUGUGGAGUUGCUCCUUCGAAAGGAGCCUAUUUUUACCACUGACUCCGGGCUAAAGCAAAACUUAUCCAAUUACUUCCUUUGGGAGAUAAGGGAGAAACCACUUGCUGAAAUUGUAGCUGCUCACGUUCUCGAGGAAGCAACCGAGGAAGAGAUUAGUGGUGUAGCCGGUGUUGCGGAGAUCUGUUUACGUCUUCGAGGUGAAGAAAGACCUACUAUGAAACAAGUCGAGAUGAAAUUGCAGCAUCUGCGAUUGGAGAGGUUGAGAAUGCGCGAGCUUGCUGCAAAAGACCAAGACAUUCAACCUCUGUCGACAGUACAAAGCCAAGUUGCUCAUCGGUCUUUAGCCACUGCAGGUCGGAAGGUGGGAAGCUCAAAUUCAUCUUCCGAGAGAAGCCAAAACUGUUAUAGCUUGGAGCAAGAAUUUAUGUCAUCAGCGACUCUACCACGCUAGAUAUUAUCCGGCUUCUAAUAUUGUGUUCGGAUUUUUCCCUUUCCUAAGUACACUUACUAGAGACGAAUGAAUAUACUACUUUCUCUGA